AUGGAAAAAAAAACACCAGCUCUCGAUGUGUGGACAUCAAUCGGCACAUACUUUUCGGGAUUCUCCCCCACAAACCAGGCCAAGUUUAUUGAGACAAUGGGAAGAGUGUCCAAGUCUACUUACACAAAGAAAGAAGUCGAAACAAUUAUUGUGAGCUGCACUAAACUUGAGGCUGACAACUGUCAGCUCAAGCACGAAAACGAACGAUUGCGAGAAAACAUCAAUGAUCUUGAAAAUGAUAUUAAAAAGAGCAGCACCCAAGCAAACCUGAUAGCGCGAACUCAACAAAAGAAAAUCGAUGAUCUCAAUGAAACUCAUAAGAAUAACGAGCUUCGUAUUGAGAGCUACAUGAUUAUGGAGCGUAAAUAUAAUGCUCUCUUGGAAGAUCUUAGUGCUACCAAAACUGAGCUUGCUCGCAUAAAACCGGAGCUUGAUAAAUAUAAGGACCUUAAAGAUAGACACAGACGGAUAUUGGUCCAAGUAAACGAGGCAAAUAAAAAGAUUGAAGCUUUCCAAAGCAUGGAAGAACACUACAAAAUAAUCUCAAAAAAGCUGCCUAUUGCUAACGGCCAGAUAGCCCUACUGAAUUCAGAGAAGAAAGAUUUAAAUUCGAUGGUAUAUCAACUGUCAGCCGCUCGACCGUAUCUAUAUAAUUGCAAGGUUCUGGAAGAUAUAGUCACGUCUAUUUCUGAACAAAUUAAUAAAGAAACGAUGUCUGAGGCAACAUGGAAGAAAUUCGACGUGUAUGGGUAUACUGUAGACAGCCAUUCUUUAAGUACCAAACGCCAAGAAAAGAUAAUAUUCCUAAGUAGCCAAUUGACCAUCGCAAGAGACCAUUUGGUUAAAACCAAGGAACUUGAAUCCAAGAUUGAGACUCUAGUGCAGAAGAUGUCUGUUUCGCAAGGCGCACUUAGUAUACCAAAGGGGACGGAAGACAAGGUUACCUUUCUCUUACGCCAAUUAGCCGACGCAGAAAAGAGAAUUGAUGAAAAAGAGAGCCUACAAGAAGAACUAGAGUCCCUUCGUGAUAAAUAUACUCUUAAAGACAUGGAGCUUUUUAAGGCUCAAAAUUCCUAUGUGAAACAAACCAAACAGUCCGAUAUAACCAAUAAAGCGCAGACGCGAAAAAUUAACUAUUUUCAGCAAAGGUUGGAGGAAGUAGAGAGUGACUUUACUAAGAGAAAGAAGUUUCUGAAUCCAAAAGACGAGGAAGUUAAUGCGUUUUUCUUCAGACAUUUCGGAGAAGGUCUUCCUGGAAUAAAAGCCUUGUGUACCAAAAAACCUGAUGGAAAACGUGGCUUUAGUUCGGGUGUCAUCAACUUACUUGUGGAGAAGAUUAUUAUAAACAACCUUCUCCGAGAUAUUUGUCAUAUGCCUUCUUAUUUUGGGGUACCAAGCGCCAUAGAAUAUCCUAAACUUUCGGAUUAUACACCUGAAAAGCAAACCCCAGAAUUUUCAAGUCAGUUCAGAAGAAACUUUGAAAAUCUAUUGAAAGACCCAAAGACUUCGGACGCAUUGAGGAAAAGAAGAGAAAAGGUUGCCAGUGUUCUGGUCAAACUCUUACACGAACUGUUCCCUGCAAUGAAUCCUUAUGUUACUCGCAAGAAGAUGAUGGAGAUUGUCGAAGCUGCGGCUGAAUUGAGUCUAUCGAUACACACUCAAGAUCUGGCUGUCAAUAUUGUAAAGCUGAUUGAAGGAAAAGAUCAGCUGCGAACAUACACAAAAACUCAAUUAGGCUCAAGUGCCGGGGCUAAAACAAUUCAGAUUGUUAUCUGUCCACCCUUCAUAGCAAACGAAGGUCAAAAAACCGAACAUGUACUAUUGGAAGGAAAGGUUAUAUGUCUCGAAAUCGUUACGGAUUCCAAUGAAGCUUCAGCUGAAAACUACAGUGAUAGUGACUCUGAACCAAUGGAAAACAGGAUGUAUAUGUAG